AUGGCUUCUGCUCCAACAUUAGCUCCAUCCAAUAAGGAGACGACUAAUUACGCCAGAUUAUGUCGCCUUUUAGUGGAUGGAGGAACCAAGGCCUUGAGAUACACCUUUGACAAGUUCCACUCCCCAGCAAACUUGUUUAAUGUUUUGAAAGCAGGUUCUGCAGAACAUUCAACUCUGCAGUCCAUUAGAAAAAGGAAAAUCAUCAAUGCCACACAGUGGGGUAAACUGUAUCCCUCUCCCCCUUCGUCUGUUACAUCAAAAGACUUUGACAUCACGUUAUUGUUGGUGCUUCUGAGGAACAUCUGUUGUCUGGCUGCUCCUACCACAGGCUAG